CUGCUUCGCCCCUUCGCGGAGGCGCUCGCCGGGAUGGCGUCCGACUCAGACGCCGAGGACCUCUUCUACGACGCUGCUGAGGAUGUCGCCCAGCACGGAGGGACCCCAUCGCCGUCACCCACCAAAGUUGGGCUGCCAAUACCGAAGGAACUGGCCACCGGGCCGCGGGCCGCGGAACACGAGGCACAAGCGCCGGACGUGAAGCAGGACGACUCGAAAGAGAUAAUUGACAACAUCAUAGAAGAGAGCCAGAAGGCGCACCCGCUCGAAGACGACCCUUUGGGCGCCCCCUCUUCACGCGCAGACGCUUGGCAUUCUGGCGCAGACAGUCUGCCCGCGCUGCUGGUCGUGGAAGCGGCAUCCCAAGGGCAGGAUGAGGCCCCCUCGGCCCAAGCCCUGGUCGUGGCCAACGGGACGGAGUCUGGGCAGGCUGCGCCGCCUCACGCCAGUACCCGUGCUGCAGCCCAGGAGGGCCGGGCGGGGGAGGCCGCCGUGUCGGCAGCCCCGGCUGCACGAGAGACCCAAGAGCCGAGCGCGGCUGACGGCCAGCGGGCGGAGGACAGGCUGCAGAGCGGGGAGGCCGCGAGGAGGCCUGCGGACACCUCUGGCCAGACCGCCUGCACGGGCAUCCUGCCCUCUGAAGAUUUCUCUGCCACCAGCGAGCCGCCUCCGGCCAAACCCCCACGGCAGCUCACAGUGGAGCCGGACAUUGUUGCCAGCACGAAGAAGUCCGGCCCGACCCGUCCCCCGCCCCCCGCAAGCGGUCCCCCUCCCAGGCCCCCACCCCCUGCCCGGCCGGCCCCCCCGCCAAGGAAGAAAAAGAGCGACUUGGAAAUCGAGACCCCGAAAAUAUCUGGCUUGGAAGUUCCCUUCUCAGCGGGUGGCCUGCUGUCUCCAAACGCCUCGGUGGAAUCCAUGGGCAAAGACUCUCAGCCUUCCUUGGAUCUGGCCAGCGCGACGAGUGGAGACAAAAUCGUCACUGCGCAGGAGAACGGGAAGCCGGCUGACGGGCAGACGUUCACGAGCGAAGUGAUUGGGCCUCAGAGGCCCAGGUCCAACUCCGGCAGAGAGCUCACGGAUGAGGAAAUCCUGGCCAGUGUCAUGAUCAAGAACCUCGACACCGGAGAGGAGAUCCCUCUGAGCUUGGCUGAGGAGAAGCUGCCCACCGGCAUCAACCCCCUGACGCUGCACAUCAUGAGGCGGACGAAGGAAUACGUCAGUAACGACGGAGCACAGUCAGAUGACGAGGACAAAACGCAGCCGCAGCAGAGCGACACAGACGGUGGACGCCUGAAGCAGAAAACGACUCAGCUGAAAAAAUUCUUGGGCAAGUCGGUCAAGAGGGCAAGGCACCUGGCCGAGGAGUAUGGCGAGCGCGCCGUCAACAAAGUGAAGAGCGUUCGAGACGAAGUCUUCCAUAACGACCAGGACGACCCGUCGUCGAGCGACGACGAAGGAAUGCCCUACACCAGGCCGGUGAAGUUCAAAGCGGCGCACGGCUUCAAGGGGCCCUAUGAUUUUGAGCAAGUCAAGGUGGUCCAGGACCUCAGUGGAGAGCACAUGGGGGCGGUUUGGACGAUGAAGUUCUCCCACUGCGGCAGGCUGCUGGCCUCCGCGGGGCAGGACAACAUGGUGAGGAUCUGGGUGCUGAAGAACGCCUUCGACUACUUCAACAACAUGCGGCUGAAGUACAACACGGACGGCCGCGUGUCCCCCUCCCCGUCUCAGGAGAGCUUGAACUCUUCCAAGUCGGACAACGACGCGGGGGUUUGCAGCGGGGCGGACGAGGACCCUGACGAUAGGAGCACCCCGUUCCGCCAGCGGCCGUUCUGCAAGUACAAAGGGCACACGGCUGACCUCCUGGACUUGUCCUGGUCUAAGAAUUACUUUCUGCUUUCUUCAUCCAUGGAUAAGACGGUCAGGCUGUGGCACAUUUCCAGGCGAGAAUGCCUUUGCUGCUUCCAGCACAUCGAUUUUGUCACCGCCAUCGCCUUCCAUCCAAGGGAUGACAGGUAUUUUUUAAGCGGCUCCCUGGAUGGAAAACUGCGACUCUGGAACAUUCCUGACAAAAAAGUGGCGCUGUGGAAUGAAGUGGACGGACAGACCAAGUUGAUCACUGCGGCAAACUUCUGCCAGAAUGGCAAAUACGCCGUGAUCGGCACCUACGACGGCCGGUGCAUCUUCUACGACACAGAGCACUUGAAAUACCACACACAGAUCCACGUGCGGUCGACGAGAGGGCGGAACCGCGUUGGAAGGAAGAUCACUGGGAUCGAGCCCUUGCCCGGGGAAAACAAGAUCCUCGUGACAUCAAACGACUCCCGGAUCCGGCUGUACGAUCUGCGGGAUUUGUCUUUGUCAAUGAAGUACAAGGGCUACGUCAACAGCAGCAGUCAGAUCAAAGCCAGUUUCAGCCAUGACUUCACGUACAUCGUGAGUGGUUCCGAAGAUAAAUACGUUUACAUUUGGAGCACCUACCACGACCUGAGCAAAUUCACUUCCGUGCGGAGGGACCGCAACGACUUCUGGGAGGGCGUCAAAGCACACAACGCGGUCGUCACGUCGGCCAUUUUCGCCCCAAAUCCCAACUUGAUGGUCUCUGAAAUACUGGAAAAGCAAGAGCCCGACAGCAAGGGCGAAGAUGCAGAGUCCUCAGAUCCGAUUCCUUCUGGAGCUUUGAAGAUGGCGCACACGGAAGUGCUUCUGUCUGCUGACUUUACAGGAGCCAUCAAAGUCUUCAUUAACAAGAAGAAAAAUGUCUCUUAACUCAUCGGUAACUGGGCAGCAUCAUGAUAAUUGGUACCUGGGUGUGAAUCAUGUGGUCAGUGAAGCAAAAUUAUAGCAUUGGAGGUUGGCUUCUCCUUAAAACUUCUUUCAUUUAAAUGCUGCUCCGUUAGGCCUCCUGGGACAGGAGCAUCCGGACUAUUAAUUCCCCUGGCUUUUAGAAUAGAAAGGGAAGUGUGUGAAUAGCAUUGCCCAAGCGACUCGGCGUUGUGUUUUCUGAGUAAUCCUUUUGCUAAACAACUGUUGCCAUGCGCAGGAUUCUGCAUGAAAAGGGCAGUGCCUUGUCUGGGUUACACGCACCAAACUGAGCAAGAGUGAAAGCUUAAUUUAUUGAGUGGCGCCUGGGGUGGGGUAGGGAGGGAAUUUAACUCUGGCAGAGUGGCUGUGCUGGCCUAGGACAGCCAGUGUGAUCUCUUCCCAGAGUCUCAUUUCCAGCAAAGUUGAUCUGUUUCUGAACUGUGCUAACAGAGCUGAAUUUGUGGCUGGAUCCCUCAUGUCUGUGAGAUUCUUUGCUGUCCUUCCCACCCUGAUUGGACUAGCAGCAUCAAUGUUUUAUAAUGUGGGUUUUUGUUGUCUUCUAACUGUUGUGCGCGCUAGAUUCCUCUCUUAAUAUAUAUUUUUUUUUGCACACUGGGGCACAAUAUUUCUAUGGAGGCCCUCAUUCCUUACUCCUGGGCACUGGAUUAUGCUCACCUUAAAAGCAAAAUUAAGCUGCAUUAGGAACGAUUCUUACAUUUUACAACAAUGUAAAAUAAAUUGUUUACAUAUUUUUUAAAGCAUAGUAGUUUAAAAUUAUGUUUCGUUUUUGUUUAGAGCUAAUGGAAUUUAAAGGUCUUUGUAAAUACUCAUAAAAUAUACCAAUGAAAUAACAUUUUGGGGCAUUGAAACCAACAAAAUGUUGUUGAUGGUUCUUGUUUCAGAAGACAAAAGAUGUAUCAUUAAAAUGGAUCACACUGAAAGAGAA